UGUACCUAUAAAAGCUCGACUGUAAGGCCCCUAAGCACUCAUUCGCCUGUCGCCGCCGUUUCAAGUGCACUCUUAGCUAACCCACAGAACAAACAACAUGGUCUCCUUCGAAGAAGCCACUGAACUCGCCAAGAAGUUCUCCAAGAAGCCCACCGAUGCCGAAUUCUUGGAGUUCUACGGCCUGUUCAAGCAGGCCACCGUUGGCGAUGUGAACAUUGAGAAGCCCGGCGUUCUGGAUCUUAAGAAUAAGGCUAAGUACGAGGCCUGGAACUCGCAGAAGGGUCUGUCCAAGGACGCCGCCAAGGAUGCCUACGUCAAGGUGUACGAGAAGUAUGCCCCCCAGUACGCCUAAGCCGGUUACCACUUCCCCCCCUCACACUGCCCACUAACUUUUCGAGCAAUAAAGAUACCAAAGAUAUGAGAAAAGUAA